UCUCUAUAAGCAAAAUACGUCACACAACUAUAAAUUACUUAAACACAUAAUGUUUGUGAUUAAUGUUGUCAUCAUCUGGCUGACUUUUGCGUAUCUUUGUCGAGCUCAACUAUUGAAUUCGCUAAACAAUUAUGGAGACAAUACAUAUCCUGAUCGCUGUGUUCUGGAUAUGGGCAACACUUUGCUGAUGCUCAAGUUGGGCGAAAUGGUCAAGUUGGAUAAUCUGCCGUGCACUUCGGUCUUUUGUGCCGGCGAUGGCUGGGGCAUGUUGCAAACCUGUAGCCACGAUGCCCCACCUGAUGACUGUCGCUAUUCCAACUUUGAUUGGGAUGCCGAGUAUCCGAAGUGUUGCAAUCGACGUGUUAUAUGUGAUUAGCAUUUAAAUUUAAAGUUCCAUAACGAUCCACAUCAAACAUUUUAGUUUUAAAAUAAAGCAAUUAAAGUUGUAAUCGUAGAAAUUCAUUGGAAAUAUACAUAUUUAUUUUAUAACAA